AUGCCGUCAUUCGAUGUCAAGUCGCUUCAUUUCGCGUGGUUUGUAGGCCAUGUCUUGACACUUCUCGGCGGUGCAUUGCACAUUGCGUCUUUAUUAUGCUUUUAUCCCAGCAACAAGCCUUAUUACCUGGCAUAUAUGGGUGCUAUUGGGUCGUAUGGCAUUGUUGUGUAUCAAUCGCAUGGCAUUCCUUCACCCAGCGGAGUGUAUGUCCACCAACUGGCACUGGACGAAAACGCCCAUUAUCUCGGUUUAGCCAUCUUUUGGCUGCUGUUUGCAUCGCAAGCCGUAUCAGCAACCGUGAUCCCUUUUGCAACUUACUCGGCCUUCCAUGUGAUCUCGUACACGCGCAGCCAUCUCCUCGAGAAGAACAAGGACUUGCAGGCCAAGAUGAAGACGUGGACCGACGUAUACUACGGCGGUGCCAUGCGCUUUGUAGCAAUUAUUGAGGUUGUUGCGAUUCCAGCGCGUUUAUUUUUGUCUGUUCUCUGGCCAUUCCGUGUCACACCCUUCUUGGUGUUUUGCUUCUUUUUGCGCUUCCGAUACCUCUCGAGCACGUAUACCCGCCAAGCGUUUGCUGAUGUCAAUGCGAAACUUGACUCCGUUCUUCCGCCUGCUGCCAAGCCUACUUAUGCGGGUCUGCAAAGCAUGUUGAGUCGACUAGUGAAUACUGCUGUUCAAUAA